AUGACAUCUAAAACCGAGAAACUUUAUAGACGGUUAUUCGAUAACUUAUUAAAAUUUGCUGAAGAAAAUGGGGUCUAUUUAUCACCAUCGUACAUAAUUACCGAUUUUGAACAAGCAGUAAUUAAUUCGACACGUUACGAGUUUCCAGAUAUUACUAGUAAGGGAUAUUUUUUUCGUCUAGGACAAAAUUACUGGCGAAAAAUACGAGACUGUGGACUUGCCAUUAAAUAUGGAAAUGACGAACAAUUUAGUCUUAUGUUGCGGCAUCUAUAUGCACUAUCAUUUUUACCGCCACAAGAAAUUCCUGCCGCAUUCGAUAUUCUAAAAUCAAUCAUGCCUCAGGAGGCAAAUGAAGUAGUUCAGUGGUUUGAAGAAAACUAUGUUUCUGGAAGAAUAAUUCGACAAAUGCGGAAUGGUAAUGUGACUCGUGAUUCACCACCAUUUCCACCAGCAUUAUGGUCAGUUUAUGAUGCAAUAAAAUAUGGAAUCUUACAAACAGAAAACGCUGUGGAGGCCUGGCAUCAUCGUUGGGAAACCUUGAUUGAAGAGGCAAAUGGAGAUGUUUGUAAAAUCAUUGAAGAAUUGCAAAAGGGACAGCAAGAAGUUGAAGUUCAAGUUGAAUGUAUUGCACAUGGUGAGAGACGGCCAAAGCAAAAAAAGAGGUUGAUCGAUAGGGAAAAUAGGAUUAUGAUGAUAAUUAAUAAUCGAGAAACCUAUUCUCUAAUAGAUUUUCUUCGUGAAGUAGCACAUAAUCUUACUUUAUAAUAACGUUGUGAAUUUCAUUAUCAAAUUAAAUUUAGAAGAACAGAUAUACUAAGGAUAAGAAUAUUAUUAAGGAUUAAUUUAUCACUUUUUUUAUGCUACAAAUAUACCCUCUUUGGGAAGUGAAAUCACGCCGAGAAUAAGUAUACUCGAAACAAAAAGCUAAUAAUAUAUGAUCCAU